AUGAUGGGAGCUCUUCGACAAUCUCCUCAAGGAGCCCGUCUGAACGCUAGGUUGCCAGAGUCAGCGCAGCCUACGUGUGAAUCUAUGCAGGAGUUGGUCGCUGACUCCGUUUUCCAGGGCACUUCGCUGCUUCUUCUGGCUCUGGCUGUGCUGUGCCUUGCCCCACACCGAACAAGGAGAGCAGCACUGCGCAUUGCCAGUCUCAGCCGGCGCACAGGUGCCGCGGGCUCUGAGAGCGACCUCGAAAACAGCGGUCGGAAGCUACUCCAUCGGCAGAAGUUCCUUGCGGGGCAGCUCCCAGGCUCAAGAACUCUGUGGCUUUGGCAAGUUCCUGGUCUGGUAAAGCAGCCAAGGUUUCACCACCUGGGCGCUCCAACCUUGGCCGGGCUCGAUGAUUCGAUCUACCGAUCUGGGCGAUUGCGCCUCUUGGCAAAUCCAGGUUUCCGACCUAUUGGUUCAACGUGUGGCGAGUCUGGGUCCAGCACCAUGGAUUCAGCGGUCCAGCCCCCCUGCGUGGGCAACAUCUGCAACGGCCCUGUGAGUCGUGUCGGGGAUUUGGCUGUUUGGGAGGAUGUCCGAGUAGUGCGAGUUGGAGUCUACCAGCUCUGCUGGUGCAGGCCCACUCUAAACUGCCAGCAGCUCAACACUUGCUGUCGUGAGGAUGCCGCCUUUGGGGAGGCUGCAGGAGAGGUGGAAGUUGUUGGCCCAGCCUGGAUCACGGUGUCACCUGUUUUGGGGCAGGGCUUUCGCUUUGAGCUUGUGCACCCAGAAGCCCUACCGGGUGCCCAAGUCCUGCUACGACUUAGAGAUCAGGGUGGUGCCUGUGGUCUUCCACGCGGCGCAGCAGAGCUUCGGGCCUCAGUCCUCCGCGUUCAAUCAGGAGUUGAAGACGAGGAGCUCCCUUUGGGGACGCCGAUCGAUCAAGCCACGAGCCUCAACAUGACUGGAGAGUUCUCGGAUCUUUAUGUUGCAUACUUGUAUAGGCAUUUGGCUUACUCUGUGUGCUGGUGUGCACAGUACUGUUUCAAGCCGGAAGAUGGCAGUAUCAACGAAGACAUGUUCGGGGCCGUGGUGGGUGAGUUUUUUCCGAGAGGUCCCGACACUGAGAACAUGGCUCCGCAGUAUGCUGUGGCUGGAGUCUCUUUUGCACUUUAUGUGCAAGGAGACCGCUUGUCCGUGAAGGACCGGAUCCUCGUACCGGAAAGCAGCACCUUGUGCGGCGAUCCCGAUACGGCACAUGCUGUGGCAUUCCGGUCCUACAUCUGUGGGCGAGGUUCAAGUUCCUGUCUAGCGACGCCAGCCAACGGGCCGCCGACGUCCUUCGAGGACAUGGCAGAGAUGGUAGGGGAGGCAGGGCUCAGUUUUCAAAGAGGGGGAUGGGAACCUGUGCAGAUUGACACCCCUGGCACCUACCGUAUCUGCUGGUGCGUGGAUGACACGUGGGACCCGGUCAAGCUUGAGAGCCAUGGCUACUGCGGCUCAGGAUUUCAGUAUGGAGUCGAGGCUGGCCUGGUCAUCGUUCAGGGAGCGGUGGGAGACCAGAACUUCCCGUGCACAGCUUUCCGGCCUUGCCACUUCGAAGUAUUCUCUGAGCUGCCCUUUGAUGCUGAAGAUCAAAUUCUGAUCGUUGCUCCACCCCCCACUGCGACCAACUCGCUGGCCACAAUCUGCGGGCGCGGAACCACUGGCAUGCAGGUUCGAGUCUCUGGAUCCUAUGCGGUCUACCCAAGCACGACGACAGUACUGAGUGAAGAGGAAAACACCACGACACCAGCACCCCUGGAGCCGAUGUACUACGUUGGUAGCUUUGAGCUGGACUCCUCUGGACAAGCCGGUCUCUACAGGGUCUGCUACUGCAAGAAUUCAGUGAUGGGCCCGUGUGAUGAUGCUGUUGCCUUUGCCCAGUAUGCCGGCAUUGUGAACAUCACAGGCGAGAUUGAGUUUGAUGAGACAACUGCGCUGCAUCAAGACUGCUUGGCCUCGAGCCCCUGCAAAUUCAAUGUUACCGGAGUUUGGGCAAUGCAGCUCAGCUUCUACGAUUCCUUCAAUGCUGUUCCGUUGGAUAAAGAAUGUGGUGAGGUGAUGGAUUCCUCCAGUUAUCCGAAAUUCAGUUUGUUCCGCAGGAUGGAGCUUGUUGACUCGUGGGCUAGCGAGUUCGCGCACAAGGUCGGAGCUGAGACGUUGUAUGGCAGUGGUGACUACCGGCUUUGCUAUUGUCAAGCUUCCCUGACAGGUGAUGGACGGUGUGACACAUCCGCAGAACACCUCCACGAGAUUGGGAGCCUUUUCCUGGUCGGAGCAUUGUCAACCAUGAAAUGGUCUUGCCGACAGGGUGCCAUGUGUGACAUUGUGGUCCACGGCUGGCGAGUUGGACGAGGUGAUGCAGUGCGGCUGGUCCCACUUUCCUUCUCCUGCGGAGAUCCGGAUCCGCACAAUGCUUUCCUUGGUGCAGGCUUCGACAAUAACCCAGCGGUGACUAAUCGCACGGACAACCUCACAAAGGGGGUGCUCCUCCACUUCAAUCUUGGCCGCUCACGUGGCUCUGGGACAUGGCGAGUAUGCCUCUGCGUGGCAGCGGUCGCCAGGAGCGGUGCCGGCUGUGCUUACGCCGCAGAUUAUGGGCAGCCGGUAGGAGAGCUGAUAAUCGAAGGCCUGCUACGAUCAGUUCUUGUGUCCUCACAGCCGGCCACGGUGGCCAUUGCGUCAAUCCUGGUGGAGGUCAUUGUUCCGGGUGGCCCGCAGAGUGUGGCGUGCGCAGCUUCGAACCAGACCCUUGACCAGGCUCCCUCCAGCUUUGCAAUCCUGAAUUGCAAGAGCAGUAUACCGGGCUGCCUGGGUAUGGCGAUCCUCCCAUGGCAAGCAGAAGAGGGUUUCAAUGUGCUGCACUUGCCCUUUCCUGGAAAUGCUCAAGCAGCCCAAGGAUCUGCUGCGCGGGCUGCACAUGUCUGGUGCACCGGGGAUAUUGCAUUGUGUCCGACGGGACGGUGUGUCCUUCCACCAACUCCUGAAGGGCGCAGGAUUGCUCUUGAUCCUGGACCGGACCCAUGGACGACUGUGCCAGCCACCAUCCACCAACCGCUGGAUUUGAAGGUCCACGGAAAUCCGCUGAAUGCGAACGGUGGCCAUCUCAAGAUCGUGUGGCCCCGAGAUGGGUGCCCAGAGGUAGGUCAUCCAUGGUCAGAUGCCAUUGUCUCUCCGUUUGACAUGGGGCGUCCCUUGAGUGCCGCGCCACGACAGUGGGUGCAUUGGAGACGGGAGUCCCUUCCUUUUGCAGGGACGUUCUGGCUAUGUUGGUGUGACCGAUCCUAUGGAGCGGACUGUGUGCUGUGGCAGCACAUAGGCGAGCUGGUCAUUGCAGGCCCAGCGAAUGUGACAGGGAUCCCGGAGUUUGUGGAGUUGCGGGAGGUCUUCAAUGUCACCCUCUUCGGUGUGAACCUUUCCCAGGAGGAGCGGCUGUCAGUGCAGCCGGGGCAGAACUGUGAUCAAGACAUGGAGCUCUUCAGUCCCGGAUGGGUUGAUGCUAACGGCUCGAAGGCAGACUUUGAGGUUCAAGCUCCGUACUUUGCCGGUUACUUCUCCAUGUGCUGGACGCGAGGCAAUGCUUCCAUGGGUUCUAUGAAGCUGGCCAGCGGCUUUGCCAGAGAGUCAAGAGACUGCGUCUUGAGAGGCUGGGAGGCUUCGCCAGCGGACGAAGUCUUCAGAUUCCCCGCAGGUGACUCUGGGGAGUUUGCUUGCAGCCGGGCAUGCGGGGGUGGGCUCUACCAGCUCCACCGCCGCAUUGUUGCCGAGGCUGUUGGGGGCGGUGCCCAGUGCCCUCCGUCGGAUAGCCCACUCCGAAGUCGGUUCAUGUCAUGCAACGAGCAGCCCUGCCCAACUGGCGAAGUGUUCAGAGCACACACGCACCCCUCGUGGGUGAAGCCUGGCGACGUGUUCCAGAUCUUGGUCGAGGGAGCUCAGCUUGACCCAGCGGAGGACCGAGUCGUCCUAGUGGUGGGGGGAGAAGAUGCCGAGUGCGGCAAGGUAGAGUCCAACGCCCUCCAACUUCAAGGUGCAGCAAAUUCCUCCGGGAAUGGCACGGACGCUGUUGCGGUUGAGCUGACGCAUGUUUUACGUGGUGGAGGGGCAUCGUGCUUGCGCCCGGCCAGCAACAGCACCCAUUUGGAAUGCGGCGAUGGCGUUGCCAGCUUGAUGGUUCCUCUUCCCGGCACCUUCCGUCUCUGCAUUUGCGACGCCUCUGAAGUCGAUCCUGGCUUCGACAACGUGUCAGGUUCCCUUGUUGCACAAAGGGAGCGGUGCAGCCGGCUUGAAGACUACUGGCUAACCCCCAGCAACGGCUCUUUGGUGGAAAUCACAGAGUCCCAGACGGUGGUGGAGGAGCCCGGUCGCGGUGUGGAUGCUGCCUUGGGAGACCUACUAGAUGACCACAAGAACGGGAGGGCAGACUUGGUCUUCAUCGUGGGCCUGAUUGCGGCGUCCAUUCUGUACUGUCUGGCCAUAUUCUGUGCUUGCUGGUUCUGGAGAUACAGGUGGCGCAAGCGGGCCGCAUGGAGAAGGCUUGGCUCCGGCCUGUUCGCGAAUUCUUUGGUGGCCAAGGCAACCAGGGCUGCAUGGGAGGCCUACACACGCACGAUCACAGAGCAGGCCCAGAUAUCGUAA